AUGCUCCCGCCGCAGCUCCCCAAGCCCGCGCACCUCCCGCUCGCCCUCGCCGCCAUCACCUGCAGCCGUGGCUCCGCUAGCGGUCGCCGCCGCGGCCGGCGCCCGAAGGCCAAGCCCAUCGUGUUCCCGCCUCCGCCGGUACGCCGCCUGGUCUCCACCUCCCUCCGCCGCCUCCUCCCGCGCCUGCGCCCCCUCGGCGGCCGCCGGCCCGGGCGGAGGGGAAGGCGGAAGUCGCCCGCCGAGGAUGUCGCGGCGCUGCUGCUCUCUCUGGCGUUCGGCGACAAGCUCGCCGCCCUCGCGGAGGCCUGGCGCGCGUCGGGCCUGGGCCAGGCGCUCGGCAUCUGGGCGGCGGUGUUGGGGACUGCGAGGAGGAGGAGGAUGAACGGGCUCCGGCGGCUCGCGGCGGUCCUGCUCGGGAUCGCCUUCUGCGCGCUCGUCUCGCACUUCAGGGGCGCCGCGUUCUUGGAAGGCCUCGGGAAGACGGGAGGCGGCCGGAAGUUAGCGCGGAUUUUCCUCCAUUGAUUGAUUGAUUGAUUUGGUUCCUAUGUUCGAUUUCUUGAGGUGUACUUGCCCAAAUACGGGAUUGAGGCGUCGGGAUUAUAGCUUUCCUUGUGCGGAUGUAUUCUCUGUUCUUGAACUGCCGAUCUGAUUUUGUCGCAUUUUUCAUGAAUCUA